AUGUCGCGACUGUCCCGGUUAUUCGACAAGUCUAAACAGACUCAACCUGUUUCCUCGGGGAACCCAGGCGAUCCUGCCUGGACUGACGUCGGAAAUGCCGCCGAUCACCUUCUAGCAGAGCUUGAAUCUCUCUAUUGGACUGGUGUCAAUCAAGAGCUGAACUGCAUUGUUUCCACUCUACGACAAUGGCAGCAAUCCGAGUUCCAGCAUAUCCGCCCUGACGCAGACAAUGCACUAGUCAACGGCUUCGACACGUUUAUCGCGAAUGUCGUCCCACCGUCCACGCUUACACCCCCCACGCUACCAUCCCAAGUAUCCACUAGCCUCAACCUAAAGGUAUGCGUGGUGAGGAGCGCACAAGUCCGUGCGAUGGAGCUGGCAGCAGCGAAGACGAGGACGGAGGUGAAUGCCGAUGUACAUGAACGCCUUUUACAACGUCCUGUUGAGACGGAUGCUGCCAAACGACGAGCACGUCUGCUUCUCCAAGCAGCUGGGUUCUUGGACAUCGAAAAAGCCAUUGAGCACUCACCGGCAGGAAAUACGCCCAGCCCUCUCACUCCGCAGUUACGAAUGAUCAAGAAAGGGUUCAAGGGGUGUCCAGUCGUCUCAACCCUCCUUUGCAGUAAAUGCAAACGUGUCAUCCGGGGGAGUAUGUAUCAAGCCACUGGCAAGUCGACACAGACAAUCUGCGAGGAUUGCUACUGGGAGCACCAUUACGGAGACCCGGCCUACAUCAAGCAAUACAAGCAUUCCAUUGCUUCUCAGGUAGACGACUACAUCAGUAAGCAUACUCGCUGCAGUUCCUGUCGAAAACAUGCGAAUGAAAUUUGGCGACCAUCUGGGCUACAGGGCAAACCAGGGGUGCAUAUGUUGGCCGACGCAAAGUACUUGAGCGUCAAGGAAGCACAGAAGAAAUCAGGUCUUUCAAGUCGUCCUACUCCCUUGGCGAAGGUAAUUCAGAGUGAUUACAAUAGUCGGUCUGGCAUCUACUCUGCCGCUUCAAGGUCUGGCAACAUGCGCCUGGUCGGGGACGAGUGGCUGUACAAGGAUUUCGUGCAGGAGAACCCAUGGAAGAACAUUCGCGUGGCCGUUCGGGUUGGGCCACUGGUGUUUGAAAACGGUAGUGAAGAGAGUAGAAAUGGGGUCGGAAUAUCCCUUCGCGAUCCAAUUUUCGGACAAGAGCAACAAACGGCAGACCUCACUUUCCUUGCCGUCUGUGGGGAAACAGAAAGACAGCUAUGGCGCCAUGCCAGUGGUGGACCACAAAAAAGGAAACGCUUCCAAGCGGUUCUGAAACAAGUCGUCGGGACUCCUUUCACAGGCUGGCCGUUAUCGGAAGCAGAGGACCAGAUCAUUACACUACUGGUGAAAGCAAGCAGUGACAGUGCGGAGGGUACACGCCAGGAACUGCACGACAAAAUCAAAGCGUUUCUUAGUCCAUGGCUGUCAGUUUACUUCAAAAGUAUUGCGGGAAGGUUGCUGGACAGCAAGACCAGACUCACAUGGGACGGAUUGACCAAUAACUGCCAGCAAUUCUGUAACUCGCUGAUCGACUGGGAAGCCUUUGGACCACUUGUCGCUCCGGCUUUAGUCACUCUCUCGGACAACGACCCCCCGCAACCGCUCUACCGCAUGAGCUUCGUCUGUCGCCCUCGCGCGGCACAAAAUCCGUUCGAACACCCAAACACCAUCACCAACGUCCCGUACGGGCUGACAGAGGAGUAUAUCCGCCGCUUUCACUUUGGCUGCUAUACCGGCCCCGACCUGAUUGAUUCCCUGCACGAAUACUGGUACGACUGGGCCGGAUUCAACAAACACCUCUAUCCUCAUCAAACCCUCUUCCCGUGGGACUGCACCGAAGCACUCCACCGCUACCCAGCCAAGUGCGGCACCUGCACCCUCUCCAAACACCUCUGGGCCUUCCCAUUCGACUCCUGGUCAAUUAUCGCCCUGCACCUAUCCAGAGACAAAUUCGCGUAUCCGCCCUCCAAACUGAGUCCAAAUCCUACCUUGGAAGCAUCAUGGAUGCAAAACCGCCUCACCGUCCUCACAGCACUGGAUUGCCUCUCCGCCGGCGCAACAGCCAUGUCCCAGAGCCUGCACUUCCGGUCCGCAACGCAAUGGCUGCACCUCCAAUCCGACCCAUCAACCGAUCGAAUUAAGCUCGGCGGUAUCAACCGCGCACAGCCAUACAGCCACGUGCUGGAACACCGCACCCACGACGACUUUUUCGUCGCAAGGUGGCUUUCUGGUUAUAAUCAUCCCAUUCAAACCUACGAAACCAUGCGGGAGAAGCGGCAUUUGCCGCGGACGAUCCAGGAACGGGAACUGGUGUUCUGGGGUGCAGAGGGGGGCGAUCCGCCGGGGGAGUAUCCGACUUACGCGGUGGAGUACACCCGUAUUCCGAAUGCGAACUUUUCGCUGUCCGUCAGUUUCAAUACCGGGUGUGGAGCUUGUGGGACGCAGGCUACUGCGGCUGCUUGUGGUGCGAACUGUG